CACGGAGCUGUUGUAGUGGUCCAGGUGAGAGGUGAGGGAGGGGUUGUGGAGAGGAUCUCGGUUGCUGGGAGUGGGGAACACGGGGCUGUCAGCAGUGUAGGGAGGGGCCGCAGCAUCCUUCUAGGUCCCUGGCUGUGAGCAGACUGGCCCUUCUCCAACUUCACUGUAUUCCAAGGGAGCUGGAGCCGUCCCACUCUGUACCCUACCGGGCCAGCGGCCCCCACUGAGAUUGGCAAGAGUGUGGCAGCCGGACAGAAGGCACUUUGCAAAAAUCAGGCCUGCGUCCACAGGUGUUCAUUGCCUGGGCCAAGACCAGGGGAGGUUUGAAGGCUUCAGAGCACGCCUCUGGCUGGACAGAUGCACAAAGGCCUUUUGUCAGGCCCGGGUGGCUUCCUGACCCCUCCCUCAUGGAGGGCUUGGGUGGAGGGGCUGGGACUGAGGCCCUCCUGCCAGAGUGGGACUGAGGGAGGAGGGGAAGGGCCAUCAGAGUGCCGCCAGGCUAGCUGCCCCUCCCAGCUCUCUGAGCUGUGGGCGGAGGAAGGAAGAACCCCCCUGUGCCAGGUUUGGAUGGGCUCUCGUCUGCCCUAUAAGGCGGUGGUUCCGAGAUGUGGACCCCUGGGCGCAAUGUCUGUCUGGGGAUUCUAGGGGCCUUCCCUUCACCGCCCCAGCUCGUGGGGGGAGGGUCACUCCAGACCUCAGAGGCUGUGUCUGCAGCAUACUGUGAUAAAACCAUGAAUUCAGAGGUGAUUCUCAGAACAGUCUUAGCCAUUCCCAAUUCCACCCCGCCAUUCCCAAUGCCAGUGACUAGAGAUGGACCCUCUUCAUCCUGCUGCAAGCCCCUCCACCACAGCGGGACCUGUGGGGUGAGCCUGUGAGGUCUGCCUCUCCCCAGCAGAUGGGAGAAACCCUGACUAUCUGUUUAACACAGAUUUCCUCCUCUGCCAUUUGGGGACAUUAAGAGACCUUUCUUCCAAUGUGAGGAUUAAGCCAAACAAAGCACUUAGAGCCUUUAACACUUUCCUGGUGAUGACUGCAGUCAGCUCAGGGACAGAGCGAGGGGCACACCAGGCCACUGGCAGCUCUGCCCAGCCUGGGCACUAGCCCAGGGCAUGGCGAGCCGGGAGGGGCGGCCUGGUGGCUCUCUAAUGGCCCUUCCUUCUCCUCCCCUCAGGCUCACACUCUGGUAGGAGGGCCUCCACCCUGGAAGCCCUGUGCCCCUGCCUCCCCAGGGCGGUAGUGGGACCCGGGGUCACACCCAGCAGACUCCACAAGCCCGUCACGGACAUCUGGGGAGGUCACCAGGAUGGCGGGAGCCCGGCACCCAGUGUGUGUGAGCGGGGCAGCUCUGGUGCAGACAGAGAGGCUCCAGCAGAUGUUCGCCUUCUCUGUGUGCUGGUCGGAUGACAGCGACAGCUUCAUACGCAGAAGCUGGGAGGACUUCAGGAGACUCCACAAAACCCUCAAGGAGACCUUCCCAGUGGAGGCGGGCCUGCUGCGGAGAUCUGACCGCGUUCUCCCCAAGCUCCCAGCCGACGCACCCUGGCUGGUGCACCGAGGCCGCACCAGCCGAGGCCUGGCCCGCCUGCAGCUGCUGGAGGCCUACCUGAGGGCGCUGCUGGCGGCAGGGGAGCGUGUGUCCCGCAGCCCGGUGCUCACUGGCUUCCUCGCGCCACAACCUGCGGACUUGGAACCUAUGCUGCCACCUGGCAGCCUGGUGAUCCUGCCCACCCUGCAAGAACCCCCGCCAGGCCCCUCAGGCAGCCCUGCCAUCCACACCCUGGAGGCCCAGAGCCUGCGCUGCCUGCAGCCCUUCAGCACCCAGGACACGCGGGGCCAGCCCUUCCACACUCAGGCCCAGGAGGCCCUGGAUGUGCUGCUACGACACCCCUCAGGCUGGUGGCUGGUGGCGAACGAGGACCAGCAGACGGCGUGGUUUCCUGCUCCCUACUUGGAGGAGGCGGCCCCACACCAGGGACAGGGUGGGGGACAGCCCCUGGGGAUAAGCGGGCCCCAGUUCUGUGCUGUCCGCGCCUAUGAGAGCAGCCGGGCUGAUGAGCUGUCCGUGCCCGCAGGGGCACGCGUGCGUGUGCUGGAAGCCUCUGACCGAGGCUGGUGGCUGUGCAGGUUCCAAGGCCGCACCGGUCUUCUCCCAGCUGCAACACUGCAGCGUGAUGGGCUGGGCACCCUCCUCAGUGGGCCGUGGCUCCACCACGGCUCCCCCAGGUCCCCCCAGGCCGCGAUGCUUCCGCCUCCUGUGCCUACCCGGCCGCCUCUGAGCACCAUUCAAAGCCGCUGCUGCACCAUCACCCGUAAGGCACUGCAGCGGGACCCGGGGCGGCAGGGAGCCCUCUGAGAGAGUGUGGUCCAUCGUGGAGGGCGGUGCUGUGCACCCCAGGGACCACCCCAGGCUCCAGAGCCCAGGGACGACCGCUGGCAGCCGCCUCAGCCUCAGGGCCGUGGGAGGAGCAGUGGAGGUGGGGCUUGCUGGGCUGUGCGCCCCCGGUGUGCCCUGAGUAAAGCUCUCCUGACUGA